CCGGGAUGGGAGGUGGCUGCGCCCUGGGCCUCUGCGCGCUGACCCUUGCCUCCCGCGCCGGGCUCGCUUGAGGGGCGCCCCCGUCCACGGCGGCCUCCGGAGCAAGGCUCGGGGAGCCGCGGGGCAGCCAUGGCGGAGCCCGAGGCCGCGGCCGAGGACCUGGACGCCCUCAUCCACGACCUGGACUACCUCCCCGGCCACUUCCACCUGGAGAUGCAGCUGAACUUCGAGCCGCGCUCGCCGGCCUCGCUGCACGCCCGGGACCUGAAGCUGCAGCGGGACGGCCUGCGGCAGGAGCUGGUGCUGGCGGCUGCCACGCAGCGCCCCGCCGUGCGCCACCUCCUGGGCGCCUUCGCCUUCUACCUGGAGGAGCUGGACGAGGCCCGCGAGAGCUUCCUCGAGGUGGCCCGCGAGGACCCGGGCAACCUCAACGCCUGGGCCAAUCUGGCCCACGUGUAUGGGCGGCUGGGGCAGAAGGAAGAGGAGGAGGCGUGCGCCGGGAGGCUGGCCGGCCUCAUGGGCCUGGCGGGGGACCGCGGGGCCGCCGGGGACCCCUCGCUCCGCGCCGCGCGCUGCCUGGCCGAGCAGGGCUACGCGCACGGCUUCGACAUGGGCUGCGCCAGACCAGAGGAGCGGGCGCGGGUGCUGGAGGCCGGCAUCGAGCUCUACGACAAGGCGCUGGGCCACGCGCAGCAGAUCCCGAAGGAGGAAAAAAGGGGCUGGUACUUCACCAUGGCAACGCUCUUCAUCAGGUUAGAUGGCAUCUUACUGGAGCUGGGCAGCAAGGAGCAGAAGAGGUUGCCGGCCUUCAACCGCACGCUGGCCCUGCUCCGGCAAGUCCUCAAGUCCUCGGAACCCCACCACCAAGCUCUGGCCUGGUGCUACCUCGGGAUGCUGCUGGAGAGGAAGGACACCUUCUCCAUCACCCCCAUGGGCAUCCAUGACUGCGGGUUUUCAGGGACCGACCCCCUGGACUGCUUUGGCAAGGCCAUUGAGAUUGCCAAGGACCAACCCCCCAUCCUGAAUCACCUGGCCAAAAUCUUCCACUUCCUCGGAAAGCAGGAUAUGGCCAUUGGUACCUGCAACAUGGCGCUGGACAUCCUACGAGAUCCGGAGCUCAACUGGCAGGCAUACUGCACAAGAGCCAAGAUCCACGUCAGAGCCUACCUGCAUGACCUGGAGCGAAGCAAGAUGGGGCUCGGGGGCAUGCCGGACAGGAACCACCUGGCCUGCGCCAAGGCCGACCUCGAGGAGGUGGUCAAGGUGUGUCCAGGCCUCAAGACCUACCUGGACAUCGGCCAGGUCUACUACUACAUGGGCGUGGACGCUGUGCAGGAGCUGAUGGCGGUGGACGAGGCGGCGCUGAACCAGGCGCUGGUCUUCCUGUCCAAGGCCGGUGAGUCGGAGCUGGGCGCCACGCUGCCCGAGCUGCAGCUCUUGCGCGGCAAGUGCCUGCGCAUCAAAGGCGAGGAGGCCAACGCGGCGGCCUGCUUCAAGCGCGCCAUGGAGCUGGACGACGCGGGCUCCAGCCACACCGAGGGCUUCGGCUGCCUGCUCGAGGCGCUGCUGGCGCAGUGGAGCCAGGCGCAGCUCAGCGACGGCGAGCUGGGCAGCGAGGUGGACGCGUGGCUGCGCUGCGCCCAGGACAAGUACCCAGCGGCGCGCCUCCGCCAGGAGCUGCAGCGCGUGUGGCGCGGCCACACGGGCGAGGUGCUGGGGCUGGCCCGGGCCUUAGUGGCGCAGGGACGGCCGGCGCUGGUGCGGCUGCUCUUCGAGACGAUGGAGCGCGAGGGCAAGGAUGCUGGCCCAUGGCGGGGCCGCCGCGCGUUCUCCUUCGGAGGUCCCUGAGGCCCCGCCGCGUUGAGGCCCCGCCCACAAGUGAUUGGACCUGGUCGGGGCGCUGCACACCGGCUUUCACUGCCGUAAACUGGCGGGUAAGGGGAGCCCGUCAGAUUCUUUUUCAGGAAUUGGAAUGGAAACGUUGGGACCCUAGGACGGUUUGACGUGCCCACGGAGGCAAAAGGGCCUGAUUCAGCUGGGGCAGACGCGAGGGGCCAUUAGGAAACUGUCAAUUGAAGGACCAAAUUGUACAAAUAUGCAGAAAACAUAAUAUGGAGCCUCCCAAGAGCUACAGAAGAUAAUUGCCUCCAUUUUGGUGGCUUUCUACUACCCAAGAGCCUGUCUUUGGAUUCCGUGAGCCACGCUCUAUCCUUAUAAUAAGGCCCCCUUUACUUAGGUUGACUGGAGUAGGUCUCAGGUCCUGCCUCCAGAGAAGCCGUGGCUAGAGAAGAGGGCACAGCUGCCAAGGAGCAAGUAAGGGAAGGGCGGUAGUCUACACCUGGCUGCUCAGGGCUCUUUCCUGCCUCUCUAGCAGCCUUGCAGCAGGCCUCAUCCUGGGCCAGCUUGGUCUGAAAGGCCCUCAAACUCCCUGAAAUAAAGACCAUCAGUAGUACCUUUGCUUGACUUCUCUGUUCUGGGGGGAAAGUAGGGGCCCCACCCAAGGAAGUGCCAACUGCCCCCAAUCUCAAACCUUCUACAAAAGAGUGAAGAAAAUCUUGGAAUUUUACACUCUUGAAAUCCUAGUCAUAGAAUCUUAGACGUGGAAUUUUAUUGUCAAAGGCUUAGGCUCUGAUUGCCAGCAAAUCUUAGAACGGCCAAGCUGGAUUCUUGUGGUCCUACUUACUUACAAGAGCUAAUUUAACCUAAAAUUCCAGAUCAAGUUCUUUCCUGACUGCAAGAAUGCUGGUUGUGCGUAACUGCAAUGGCAAGACCCCCUUAAUGGUUUGUGAUUUAUUUUGCACUUUUCCCCUUUUUUAAAAAAAAAGAGUUAUACUCACUGCUUUGUUCAUUUUCCUGAUGCUCAGACUGUACCAAGGAUAGGCCAGCACCCCUGCAUCGCUUCUCAUGUCCCCAGUGACAGAUGGAGAACAGACCGAAAAGUGCAAUCCCUAGAGAUCACGCACCCAGAUCUCUUAUUGUGCACCUGGGAAGACUGAGAGCCCUGGAAGGGAAGUAGCUUGCUCAAAGUCACACUUCCUAGCCUCCCCACGCCUGUCCCUCCAACUUACUCUCAGCAUUUUUCAGGUUUGGAAAAAUACUAAUAAACUGAUAACACUAAAGCAUUAAGUGUUUACGUGUUAAGGGUUUAUAUGUCACCUGUCACCUGGGGCACUCUGAUAUCCAUUGGGAUAAUGCUGUCGUUCCAGGCACCUGUGAAAUCCAGACAGUGAGGCCACCCUAAGGCCCCUGAAUUCCACCUCAGGGCUCAUCAUGGCUCACCACUUCAGGUGGUGACUUUCUUUCCCUCCUUCCUUCCUCUCAUCUCCAUUGCAGGAGAGUCCAGGAGGUGACUGGUCGGCAGGCAGCAUACACAGCCCUGUCCACUUCUCCCCCAUCCUUUCUCCACCCAUGGCUGUGACCUGUGACCUUCCCUACGACAGGAACCCAUCUCUUUCUUCUCCUGCUUCCCCAGACAGACAAACUGAAUUCAAGGUGGUUUACUGGCAAAGUUGGGAAGUUGGUGAGGUUUGUCCCUUCCCCAGGCUUUCCAGUUUGUUUCCUUCCUCUCUCUUCCUGUCCUCAAGGUCAUGCAUUUCUCCCUCCACUGCCUCCUCCUCCUGCCAAACCUUUUCAAUGUAGCUUCUUUCUGAUAAUCUCAUUCACAGAAUCAUAUAAACGACUAACGAACACCCACUAGGGCUUCUGUCAGGGGUACUGACAGAAGCCAACAAGAGAAAGGAAACCCUGUUUCUGGGACUGCCUCUAGUGUGCAAUACACUUCAUACAUGUAAACUCAUGCAGUUUUCUCACCAGCCUUGCAUGGUAGGCGGCAUGAUCCUCAUUACAGAUGAGGACAUUGAGACACUGAACAAGGUCACAUAUAAGCAUGGGAAGAACCAGGCUUUGAACCAGACCUGCCCCGCGUGUGCUGUCUCCUGGGACACAGCCCUUCCUGGGAGAUGUGUCAUGGGUGGUCUAGAGUUGGGCCUGUGGUCCCCAACGCAUCCUGUCACUACCCUGCUCCCUCCCCACAGUGUACUAGUCUCCCUGCUCGAAAACUGCCUUACCUCUGUGCCUUUGUACAUCCUGUUCCUCCACUGCCUUUUUUCCUGUAAUUUCUAUCCCGAGUGCUAGGCUCAAAGGUGCCUCCUCCAGGAAGUCUUGCCAAAUCCUCCAGCUCUCAUUGAUCACUCCGUUUUGUGCACACUCUCAAGGUAUUGUGUCCCUCUGCACUGCUUAUAUUCCCUUGUCCUUGCACCAUAAUGAUGUCACCAUGUCUGUUGUCCCCAUUCAACUCUGGCUCUUUACAGCAAGGACCACGUCUGAUUCAGCCCCAUGGCCCAGCACUGAGCUUGGCACAUAAGACAGGCUCAGUUUUGGUUGUUGAACUGAGUAAACUCACAGCAGGGACGUGGCUACGUCAGUCCCAAACAGGUGACUCCAUCACCGGGUCC